ACCUCUUCGUAUAUUAUAGUUCCAGAUGAUUUUUUCAUCGAACAAGACACAAAUUUUUGGUUAGCAGAAACAAAAAGAUGAUAGUUGGAGACUACAUUUUAAGAGAAAAGAUCAGUGAAAACCCAUUAUCCACUAUUUGGAGAGCUAAUCACAGAAAAGAUCCUGACUUUAAAGAUGUAGCUUUGAAGAAAAUCUUCCUUUCUAUGUUAACCCCAAAACUGAAAACUUGCCUUGAUUGUGAGCUCAACUUUUUAUCUUCUGUUAAUCACCCUAACAUCAUCCGUCUUGUCAAAUUUUUCCAGGCCGAAGGUUGCAUAUUUUUGGUCUUUGAGUUCUGUAAUGGGGGCAAUUUAGCUUCUUAUAUACGUCGCAAUGGUAGAGUCCGAGAGCAAAUUGCUAGAGACUUUAUGUAUCAACUAGGAACUGGUUUAAGAAUACUGCAAAGCCAUCAAAUUGUCCAUCGUGAUUUGAAGCCAGAGAACAUUCUAUUAUCCAGUUCGGACAGUGGCGUACUACUAAAGAUAGCUGAUUUUGGCUUUUCAAGAAUUUUAAUCUCGGGAGAUUACGCUGAAUUUGUAUGUGGCUCACCUUUGUAUAUGGCGCCCGAAAUGUUGGGAUUUCAACGAUAUGAUCAUAAGGUUGACAUGUGGAGUAUUGGGGCAAUACUUUUUGAGCUUUUGAAUGGUUACCCACCUUUCCGCGGAAGGACUAAUGUUCAGCUCUUGAAGAACAUCAAGUCCGCUGUAGGCUUACCAUUUUCGCAGAUUGUCCUACAAAAGAUACAUCCAGACUGCUUUGACUUGUGUACUAGGCUGUUGUGUGUGAAUCCAGCCGACAGACUGUCAUUCGAAGAGUUUUACUGCCAUAAGUUCUUAGUGCGAAAAAAGGAGGGCUUGUGACGAAGUAUUCUGCUCAAUCUUAAAGGAUCCAUGUUGAGAGAAUUUAGUUGGCUUGUUCUGCAUGUCUGAUCCAUUGUUUUGGUAUGAUUUCACUUUUAUUUCUCCUCGUUCCUAACAAUUCAUAAUUUCCGACACUCACUUACUUUCUUUCAAUAUGUUCUAGAUUUUAGGUGUGUUUGGCGAAAUAUCUUAUUGGGCAAUUUAAGCUUAUUUUGAUACAAAUAGAGGGUUGGAUGGUCAAAUCAAUCAAUGCUAAUGUUUGGAAAACUAGCUGGUUGAAACAGCUUAUUAUUAUAAAUAAGUUGUUUUUAAACAAGCUGCUCAUAGUAGCGGGUUCAAAAUCCGCGUGUCAAACCUGUUAACAAAAUCAAUCAUUGUAUUCAGCUACUAGCUAUCACUCGUUUGUCAAACACUCCCUUUAUUGAGAUUUAAACAUCCUACGCAUUUAGACGUCACUAGGGUAGGGUUGCAUAAAUUUAGACUGUUACAACCCCUAGCAAGACCCAAAUGGAGUGGUUCUUUUUGCCCUUUUGGCUUUAUGAGAUCAAAAUAAUAGCUUUAGUUCCCUUAAUUGUUUAGUGUAUAAUCGUUGUGAUCCCAUAGCGUAAGUUGUUUUUGAUUCAAAUGAUCAAGAGAUUUUUUAAUUUUUAGUAAUGAUCUGAAGUGGCUUACGCAGAACAAUUACUCGAAAAACAACAAGCAUGCCCAGCGCUGAAAUAAACGGAGCUUAGAGGUCCUGUUAUACUCUUGUAGCGUGAAUACCUGAUCGUGCGUUGCUUACAUAUGGUUCGUUUGGAGUUUGGUGCCUUUAGUCGUGUACUCGUGUUAUGGCUCAAAAAAUUACCAAUUAUUUUCAUAUAAGAAGUUUCUAGACACGAAGGAGCAGUAUGCUCUUGCGCUUGGACAUUUGGUUGAGCAAAUAAGCAAAGCAGUAAGCAGAAGGUUCUAAAGUGAAAAGCUCAGCUGAGGUGCUAUAUACGCUCGAACGAGCAUCACCCCUGGCGAAUGCUGUUUUGAUUUGGGAGCGUUUGAUCUCAAUUGCUCAAACGAGCAGAUGGUACGUUCAUUCGAGAACGGGCCAAUGAGGAGAAACUUAUCUUAUUUAGAGCAUAUUUUUACAAUGAUCGCGUCUUAUUAGCUAUGGUAUUAUAUCAUACCCUCAUAAUCAUAAUCCUGAUUAUAUAUCCACAUGAAAACCCUAAAUACUGUAACUCUUCUUUUUCUCAGUUUGUUCUUUGAACUUUAUUGUUAUUUAUAAAUCAAUAAAAGAGUAUGGUUCUGAGA